CAGGUGACACUUGUUGCAUGCGCGCGCAGUGGGUUUCGGUUCUUGAUGAUGAUCACCGACUACCGAUGACUGCAUACACGGAGUAAGAAACCAGAUGUGUGAGAGAGAAAGUGGCCAGUUGGUAAGAGGACACGGAGAGUAAAACAACACCAAGCCUUUGGUUGCAGAAGUUUCUUCUUACAUACUUCUUGAGGAUACUCCUUGAAGAAAAAGUUUGCUCUGAGAUUUUGGCAUUCUCAACCGUUUGAAUCACAAUGCCGCGUUCGUUUCUGGUUCGACGUUUUGUGAGGCCGCCCGUCACCCAGCAAUCCACCAAGUGGGACAACUGCUUCACCCCUGUCAGCGAUGAUGAGGAUUAUCCACUAGCAAGUCUGAGUUGUUUACGCAUCCCAACCACACCCACGAAGGGGCAGACGCUGAGCGCCGCUUUGCCGACUACGUACCAUGUCAUCAAACCACUUCACUUUCAUACCACUACCAACCCGUUUGAGACCAUCAAGAAGCCUACACACAAGAAACUGAAGACCAGGGCAGGAAGGAAAGCUAACCGUGCUGCUGGGAAGAACAACCCGCCGGAGGAGAUAUCAGUCGGGGAAAACUUCGCUUCGACACCGACGGGCAAGCAGUACAUCAGCCGGUCUGGGCGACCUGUCGGACGCCGGCAGUCUAGCGACAAGAACGACGCCUACAAGCAAUUCGUCAUCAAACGCAAUGACAUCAUUGUGCGUGACGACAGGGCCAAGUACCCAACGUCGACAGCACCGACAAACUACACCGACAACUCCCAGCUUUACAUCGACACGUCGGUUCUAAAUCUGUCCAUGAAUGGCCCGCUGUCUCAGCAGUCAAACUACGGCGGUUUAGUGGCUGCCACGGCCACUGCGUCCUGUGUUCCACCCGGACAGACCUCACCCACUGCGGCCGAUGAAGCUACUCAGCCCGACAUCGGCAGACAGUCCCCUGACAAUCAACCUCAGAUGACGGUACUCCGGAAUGUCUUCGUGUCCACUCCUUCGGACGCAAAGACAGACCUGUCUGAUGUACUCAAUCUCCAGCCUGACUCGCCUCGCGAACUAACGGUUUUGACUGCCAGCAGCCACGUGUGUCCUGAGUGUGGAAAGGGGUACAGUACCUCCAGUAACUUAGCCAGGCAUCGGCAGACGCAUCGCAGUGUUAAUGACCAGAAGGCAAGGAAAUGUCCUCAUUGUGACAAGGUCUACGUGUCAAUGCCAGCCCUCAGCAUGCACAUCAGAACCCACAAGCUGGGCUGCAAGUGCAACCUUUGCGGCAAGUGCUUCAGCCGACCGUGGUUGCUACAGGGGCACAUCCGGACCCACACGGGCGAGAAGCCCUUCGCCUGUCCGCAGUGCGGCAAGGCAUUCGCGGACAAGUCCAACCUCCGGGCUCACAUCCAGACGCACUCCAACGUCAAGCCCUACAUCUGCAAGAAGUGCAACAAAGCAUUCGCUCUGAAGAGCUACCUUUACAAACACGUGGAGGCAGCUUGCAUCAGGGAUUCUAGGACUUAAGAUGUUUUGAAGUUGCAGUUGUCUCCUUAAAACUACUCUCUAACUCUAAUUGAUUAUAAAUUAUUGAUAAACAGGUGGACAUGUCAAUUUGAAUUUAAUUGGUGUCCAGUUACUUUUACGGAACCUUGUAUUCACUUCUUUCAAACUUCUCCGCAAUUAACUAAGAGAGCAACUUCAAAAUGAAAUGAAGUCCCACGUCGCUGACAAAAAUUUGUAUUCAUAUCGUGUUGACAUGGAAGUGCCUUUUAAAAAUAAUUCAUUAAAAUGAGUCACUGCCUUGAUAACAAUAUGGAAUUUCUAUCAAAUCCACGCUGAAAAUGCAAAUGUAAUUUUUGUCACGAACUGCUGAACACAUGUAUAUUCUUUGACCAGAAGCUGUCAAAAACAAAAUUUUAAGUGCUACGUUAACGCACAGAUUUGACGGACGAACACUUCCAAGCAAAAUGGCCGCUAGUCGAAGUUAACUUAUUCAGGAAUUCUGUCAGCAGUGUAAGAGCACAAUCUCAUCCACAACACAAGUACAACGGCGAUAACAAACUAAUCUACAGUAAAGCAUCGAAAAUAUCUGGCCUCGUAAGCAGGUUGUGGGAUGGGAGUGCUGUGCCAAAUAACUCCGCAAUGUCACUGAAAGGCCAGAACCUUGCGUUAAAACAAUAAACACACCCCACAAAACGGCGUCUGUUUUUGACAACUGCUUCUGUAAGCUUCACUGCCCCUGUACUCGCGCUGUUUAUGUGCAGAUAAUUCCGUAUCGGUCAGAUGCAAUUUACAACUUCAAACGAUGCCGCGAGUUAGAAACCCAACUGGCCGGUACAUAAAUUGUGACUGUUGACGCUUGAAAUGGUCGCAGGUUUAUUUCAACUAUCUGGUGGUACAGCCGGGCUGGCUACAGCAGCAUUAAAAUCGUUGGGACACUCAAGUCUCAUACCAAACUUUUGCAAUUUACGAUCAGCACUUUGUGUCAUUAUUUUAUUAGUGUGACAUUUUGAAACUAAAGAAGUGUUAAUUUUAUUGUAAAUAGCCAUCUUUUGUAUUUAUAUCACGAUUGAUUCAUGGAAUGAAUGUUUUCCUAAACAAACGAAACUACAACUUUUGUUAGGAUUAUUCAGUGCCUACAUAGCUUCUUUUCAUAACCAUAGCUUUAGAAAACCAAACUUUGCAAUGACUCCUUUUAACCAGGGAACUGAUACGUUUGAAACCUGGCGUGUUCGACCAAAUAAUUUUUACCAAACAUCUUUUUGUGAAAUUUUCUUAACAUGAUUUAAUAUUUUGUAAUAGACCAUUGGAGUGGACUAUUUAAUAAACUCUUAGACAAAUGACGUCGUAUGAACCGUGUGAAUUGUCUUACACCGUUCGUUCCCAAGGCAGAAGUCGUGGGCGUGGGGUAGGAGUUUUGUAGGCUGUGGGGAGUCGG